GAAGAUAAGACUUUAUUCCUCCUAGCUGAAAGACAUACUCGCCAAAAGCCUAUAAGUGGUACCUCAAUACUUCGGAAGAAGGAUGGCGAGUCAAAUCAAGAAGACUUGAUUGAUAUGGAAACCGAGGAAGUUGUAGAUCCUGAUGUAGAAAUGGAAGAAGAUCAAAAUCAUCAAGAUCAAAAUAACCCAAGUCCAAAAGAAAAAGAACCGGAAGGUCCACCCAAAAUUAGAUUUGGUACUUCUGAGUAUUUUAAUACUCCUGAUGGCAUUUGCCCUUCAUUUCAUUGUCCGAAGAGAGCGAUAGUGAAAGGUUCUUCUUUUGAGUUACUAUCUGCAUUAAUUUCCAUAGAGUCUAAGUCUUGCUCAGUAUUUGGGUUCUCAUUCACUGCUUUUGGAGAAUUUCCUUCAAGUAACUCUGAGAAAGGUUGGUUCAAGUUAGCUGGGGGAGUAGAAUACGUCUCAUUUCAAUUGAGAGUUUAA